AUGGACUUUUUAGAAGAUGAUGAAAUUGACUUAGAUUUACCUACUGUUACAGACAUUGAUAGAGACCUGUUUACGAAAGAGGUUGAAAAGGCAGGUGAUAUCUCUGCUGCCUGUAUUUCCUUUGACGUUGAUGACUUCCUGAUGAAUAACAACUUUCAGUACAUGCCGUUGGAAGACUUGAUCAAAGAUUUUUCACAUCUUUCACAGAAUAUGGUACACAUAUUAAUGGACAAAAUCACGAACAAAUAUGACGAUUGCUUGAAAUUUUGCGAACCGUACAUAGAUCGUGACAACGAAAGCGCAUUGGAUUUGCAAAAGGCGAAGAUGGACGUAAACCAAUUCAUUGCACAGCUAGAUAAAUUGAUGCAUAAGGAUUUAGCGCGCACAAGAAAAGUGAUUUCAGAAACAUUGGACUACGUGCGAAAGCUGGACGAUUUUUGGCAUCAACUAGAUGAUCAAGCACGAAUACCUGACAUGCUAGCCUUGGCGAAGCAGUUGAGUAAGACAUUACAUAUGAUGUGCGGCACGGAAACCUUAGAAGAAACUCUAUGUAUAGAGCUGAUGGCACAAUUGCACUCGCUAGUGAUAAGGAUUAGUUCAGUGUUGGAAGGUUUAUCAAUCAUCAAUUCAACAUAUGUGCACCACUUACAAAACGAGUAUCAUGGUCUCCUGCAAGAGUUUCAGAUAUCCCUCAAAAUACUCACUGAUAGAUGCCUUCAAGAUCCAAAACAAUACGAGAAACUCUCAAGAGCUCUCGUGUCAACUCUUCAUCAAUAG